AUGGAUACAUUAUGGGAUAAAACUGAAAUAGGGAAAGACUUCCGGUUUGGCACGGACAUCGGGAAGAAGUGCGGAAUAGCCUCUUGGGGAAUUCCGAGCAGCAGACCUUUUAACAUCACAGUAAUCCAAGUUUAUGCACCAACCACUGGUGCUGAAGAAACUGAAAUUGACCAAUUCUAUGAAGACUUACAACACCUUAUAGAAGUGACACCAAAGAAGGAUGUUCUUCUCAUUAUAGGGGAUUGGAAUGCUAAAGUAGGGAGUCAAGAGAUAAAAGGAACAACUGGCAAGUUUGGCCUUGGAGAUCAAAAUGAAGCAGGGCAAAGGUUAAUAGAGUUCUGUCAAGAGAACAAGCUGGUCAUCACAAACACGCUUUUCCAAAAACACAAGAGACGACUCUACACAUGGACAUCACCAGAUGGGCAGCAUCGAAAUCAGAUUGAUUAUAUUCUCUGCAGCCAAACAUGGAGAAGCUCUAUACAGUCAGCAAAAAUAAGACCUGGAGCUGACUGUGGCUCAGAUCAUCAGCUUCUUAUAGCAAAAUUCAAGCUUAAACUGAAGAAAGUAGGAAAAACCACUGGGCCAGUAAGAUACAAUCUAAAUCAAAUUCCUUAUGAAUACACAGUGGAAGUGAGGAACAGGUUUAAGGAUUUAGAUUUGCUGGACAGAGUGCCUGAAGAACUAUGGAUGGAGGCUCGCAACAUUAUACAGGAGGCAGCAACGAAAACCAUCCCAAUGAAAAGGAAAUGCAAGAAAGCAAAGUGGCUGUCCAACGAGGUCUUACAAAUAGCAGGGGAGAGAAGGCAAGCAAAAUGCGAGGGAGAUAGUGAAAGAUACAGGAAAUUGAAUGCAGAUUUCCAAAGAAUAGCAAGGAGAGACAAGAAGGCCUUCUUAAACGAGCAAUGCAAAGAAAUAGAGGAAAGCAAUAGAAUGGGAAGAACCAGAGAUCUGUUCAAGAAAAUUGGAGAUAUGAAAGGAACAUUUCAUAGAAUCAUAGAAUCAUAGAAUCAUAGAGUUGGAAGAGACCACAAGGGCCAUCGAGUCCAACCCCCUGCCAAGCAGGAAACACCAUCAGAGCACUCCUGACAUAUGGUUGUCAAGCCUCUGCUUAAAGACCUCCAAAGAAGGAGACUCCACCACACUCCUUGGCAGCAAAUUCCACUGUCGAACAGCUCUUACUGUCAGGAAGUUCUUCCUAAUGUUUAGGUGAAAUCUUCUUUCUUGUAGUUUGGAUCCAUUGCUCCUUGUCCGCUUCUCUGGAGCAGCAGAAAACAACCUUUCUCCCUCCUCUAUGUGACAUCCUUUUAUAUAUUUGAACAUGGCUAUCAUAUCACCCCUUAACCUCCUCUUCUCCAGGCUAAACAUGCCCAGCUCCCUUAGCCGUUCCUCAUAAGGCAUCGUUUCCAGGCCUUUGACCAUUUUGGUUGCCCUCCUCUGGACACGUUCCAGUUUGUCAGUGUCCUUCUUGAACUGUGGUGCCCAGAACUGGACACAGUACUCCAGGUGAGGUCUGACCAGAGCAGAAUACAGUGGCACUAUUACUUCCCUUGAUCUAGAUGCUAUACUCCUAUUGAUGCAGCCCAGAAUUGCAUUGGCUUUUUUAGCUGCCG